UGCACCGCGCUGCGCCAUGCCCUUCAGCCCCGUGCUCGGAGGAGAAAAGUCCGCUGCUUAGACCGGUGCAGUGGUCGUGGUCGUUUUCUUUGUGGCUGCAGUCCUGAGGCCAAGCCGCAGGUGGGAACGGCGACACCAUGAUGAGCGGACGGCCGGGCCGAGUGCCCUUAAAGUUCCUGCCUGAUGAGGCCCGGAGCCUGCCGCCACCCAAGCUUACCGACCCGCGGCUGCUCUACUUCGGCUUCAUGGGCUACUGCUCCGGCCUGCUUGAUAACGCUCUCCGGCGGAGGCCUGUGAUGAUGGCCGGUUUGCAUCGCCAGCUUUUAUAUGUUACUUCCUUUGUUUUUGCUGGCUAUUAUCUUCUAAAACGUCAAGACUAUAUGUAUGCUGUGAGGGACCAUGACAUGUUUGGGUAUAUGAAUUCACAUCCAGAGGAUUUUCCUGAAAAAGAUAAGAAAACUUACGGUGAAAUUCUUGAAGAAUUCCAUCCUGUGCAUUGAAAUCUUCAAAAUGCUUGCUCCAGGUUCAUUGAUACCUGCUAUUUCUGAAUUUUAUGGAUCAUAUUUCCAUGAUAGCUGAAGAUAAUAUUAAUCUAUAUGUUAACACCUCUAAUUAAAAUAGUUGUGAGUA